AGGCUCUCAUUAGCCUCUUCAAAUGGCCUGUUUAUGAUCUUGGCACUGCCUCCCCUCGACCCUCUCCCCGCUUUUUGCCCCCCUGGCUGCACGUUAUCAACCUUUCUGGGAAGGAGACUUCUCUCGGAUAAAGAGACAUGCAACCCGUUGCUGAGUGAGGAAGAAGUACCGUUCACUCUGAAAGUAUCUUCCCCGGGUGCGUACUUUAACGAGCAGGCAGGCAUGCGAAGAGCUUCACCGGGCUCCCGCGUAAUUCCCUCUGACAAGAGAUCCUUCCUCUGUUCUCCUUGGCCAUCCCAGUGGGAGGAGUUGAAACCCGACCCAAGCGCGGAGUUCCGAAGCGGGAUUGGAUCCCCCGCGCCGAGCGCAGGCAGAACCCUCUUGGCCAAACAGGCUGAGUUCGUCAAAAGAACUUCAGCGACUUCUCAAGUGAUUGGAGGAAAAGGAAGCGCCGACCCUCCCCUCCUGCACCUGACCAGCGGGUAUUUACAGCACUUUUCAAGCCGCCGCGGCGCUACAGCAUUUUUUUUUCCCUGCAUGGGGUUAGCAGGGCAGCCCAUGCGAUAGAGGACCGAUGCGCUAGCAACCGGGCUGUCUGCUGCAGGCGAGCUGGGGACCGUUAUUCUGCUUUGAAAGGAGACUCGGGAAGGAGCAGGCGAGCCCGCGGUCAAAAUGCCACGAUCUUUUUUGGUCAAGAAGCAUUUCAACUCUUCCAAAAAGCCAAAUUACAGUGAACUGGAUACUCACACAGUGAUAAUUUCCCCAUACCUUUAUGAGAGCUACCCAAUGCCUGUAAUUCCACAACCAGAGGUCCUGAGUUCAGUCGCUUGCAAUCCCAUCACUGUAUGGACUACAACUGGUCUGCUGCCUCCCCCUUUACCCAGUGACCUCUCACCUCUCUCUGGAUAUCCUUCGUCAUUGGGAAGAGUCAGCCCACCUCCUCAUUCUGACACUUCAUCCAAGGAUCACAGUGGCUCAGAGAGUCCCAUUAGUGAUGAAGAAGAGAGAAUCCAGUCCAAGCUUUCAGAUCCCCAUGCCAUUGAAGCUGAAAAAUUUCAGUGUGGUUUAUGCAACAAGACCUACUCUACCUUCUCUGGACUGGCCAAGCAUAAGCAGUUGCACUGUGAUGCCCAGUCUAGGAAAUCUUUCAGCUGUAAAUACUGUGACAAGGAAUAUGUCAGCCUGGGAGCUCUUAAGAUGCAUAUCAGGACCCACACACUACCUUGUGUUUGCAAGAUCUGUGGCAAGGCUUUCUCCAGACCCUGGUUACUUCAAGGACACAUCAGAACUCAUACUGGAGAGAAGCCUUUUUCAUGCCCUCAUUGCAACAGAGCAUUUGCAGACCGCUCAAAUUUGAGAGCACAUCUGCAGACUCAUUCAGAUGUGAAGAAAUACCAGUGCAAAAAUUGUUCCAAAACUUUCUCCCGCAUGUCUCUUCUGCACAAACAUGAGGAAUCUGGCUGCUGUGUAGUACACUGAGUUUACUUCAAUCCAGGAAUUGCUCCACUCCAUGAAUUGCUUCAUGCCUUUUCAGCAAGAUAAAGGCAGCCCUGGAUGCAUUUGAUAUCCAGCUUGCCAGUUCCCCUCAGAAGAUAGAAAAAUCCAAAGCCAGUUGCUUAAGUGUGAUACAAAGGAAGUUCAAACAUCUUAAACACAGGAAGAAGCAACUGCCAAAUGAACACAAGUUCUUCUGGGUGUUCUGUUGUUUUGCUAAGAAAGCACCGCAAUGCUAUUACAUUCCCACCAAAUGAAGCCUUUCUAAGAAACGUUUUUGCUAUGGAAAAUGCAAUCCAGUGUUAACGUGUGCUUGCCACAUGCCAAAUAUCUACAGGUGUCUUUCUGAGUAUACCAAAUCAAUUCAGCCUGUGUCUAAUGGGACAGUUUGUUGCUGUUGUUCUAGAAUUGCGUGCCUGUUGGCUAGUGACCUGAAAUGUCUUCAAACACUCCAGCAUUCAUAGAGGAAGAAAAGAAUGAAUGUCCAGUUGCCAUGUUUUAAGAAUAUGUGCCUUUGUAAGACUGUCACUGCAGCCGUUCCUGCUGCUUGCUUCAUAUUUCCUUUUUGUUGUUGUUUUGUGAUUGUUCAUUUGUGUUUUUAUUAAAAAAAAUGGGAAUAAGUGCAAAAGUGAGGGUUAAUGGUAGUUUGACAAUGAAAUUCUUAAAAGCUUUUUUCCUAAAUGCACAAAGGAAAUGCAAUAUCUUGAGCAAUACCCUCAAAGUGCCUUUUUUACAAAAAAAUAGAUAAUUUGUUUUAAGUAUGUGGACAUAAUGUAAAUAGUUUUAUUUUUAUAUGGCUGAAUGUGUCCUGAAUGCAAAGGAACUAUUACCUAUAGCAAUGCCUAUAGGCACCUUGAAGAAAGUGUGAAGCAAAAUGUCUUCAAUUGUUUUCUAGAAAUAAUUUUUGUACAAUAAACAUUUUGGAGUAA